AUGAUCGAGCUUGGCUUUUUCCCAGCGAGGCCCCAACAACGAGGAACCUUAUACGUACUGCAGACGGCACAUCUCUUCAAUAACUCAACGGAUCCUGAUCCUAUCAAUAUUUAUAUUUUUUUGCAACGUCUUGAACGACGAAUCGUGACGAUUUAUAAUGGGACCAUGGAUGUUGUUGAUGCGAGGACAGAUGACGCUAAAAUGCUCAAGGCAUUGAUCAAGAAAGAGGAUAUUUCGUAUCCAGGGAGCGAGCUUCGGGUCCACUUCCAAAUAAGCGUCAUGAACAAAGUGUUCUUCGGAGGCCUCCUGUGUGCAGAACGCGAGCCGAAAGUGAUUCACCUCGUUUUUGUCGAUCAA